UCCCAUGUGAGAACACGCCUUCUGUGUACAUUCCCAAUAUCUGCUAUAAGUAGAGCCAUCCUAGGCUGCUCUCAGAACAUAACAGCACUCCCAAAGCAUUUGGUACCCAACACUGAGCAGACCUACUCUUUGAGCUGAAAAUUAUGUGUGGUAGCAAGAGCCUGCUUCUGGCUGCUUUGAUGUCAGUGCUGCUAUUCCACCUCUGCAGCAAAUCAGAAGCAGCAAGCAACUUUGACUGCUGUCUCCGAUAUACAGAAUAUGUCCUUCAUCCUAAAUUUAUUGUGGGCUUCACACAGCAACUGGCCAAUGAAGCUUGUGACAUCAAUGCUAUCAUCUUUUACACAAAGAAAAGAUUAGCUGUGUGUGCAGAUCCAAAGCAGUUCUGGGUGAAACAAGCUGUGCGUGUCCUCAGCCAAAGAGUCAAGAAGAUGUAAAAAUGGUUGCUCUUUUGGAAUGGAAUUGGACACAGCCCAAGAACAUAUAAUAGAACCUAGCUGGGGUUAGAGCUUUCACUUGCACAUCCUUGUGGUUAGCACUUAUCUGGUUUGUGCUUCUUUGAGCUUGUCCAGUUGAUGAAGUUGAUUCAUAUUGCAUCAUAGUUUGCUUUGUUUAAGCAUCAUGUUAAAGUUAAACUCUAUUUUAUUUAAAUUAUUUACAGCUGUAGGUUUUCUGUGUUUAGAUAUUUAAUACUAAUUUUUCAUAAGCUAUUUAGUAUAAUGCAAGGUAUAAAAUUAUGUUUUGGGGAAGAAGAUUAUAUGGACUUUCUUGCAAGCAACAAACUAAUUUUUUUAAAAAGUCAUUUAAUAUUUUUCUGUUUAUAUAGUUUGU